AUAAACAUAAUAUUAUUAUUAAUCAUAUUAUUGAUAAUUAUUAUAUUUUAUUACAAUCGUAUGUUUUUAUAUUUUUAUAAUAUUAUAAUAUGUUAAUAUUGGUAAUUUAUUAUUAAACCGUUACAAUAUCUUAUAAUCAACCAGUCACAAAUAUUCCGCAAACGUAACAAUUUUUAAACAUUGUGCCAAUCAUGCAAAACGCUUGAUAACACUUGAAAUUUGCAACCAUCCGCAUCCUCAAACUCACGCAUCUGCAACCGCAACCGAUGUGUUUGAACCAAUCGAGUCCUAAAUUAAUAUAAAACAUAAAUGAUAAUUUUAAAUAACGUAGAUUAAGGCUUCAAAUGGUAUGUAGAUCAAGAAAACGCAGAUAAAGCAGAACAAGUGUAUAUCAUGCAGAACAAAUGCAGAUCUAACUAUUUAAGUUAAUUUAUCGAAUAAGUGUAUUUAACUGAAUGUUAAAAAUAAUUUUGUAAAUUAAAUAUCUAAAACAAAAAUACAAAUUUUUAUCCAUUAUUUUUUUAUUAAUUUAAUAAAUACAAACAAAGUUUAAACAUUAUAAAAAAGGUAAACACAGUUACAACAAAAAUAAACCGUAAAACAAAAAAAAUUAUCAUUCUAAUAAAUAUAUUGAAAUUUAAAAUUAUAUAAAAUUCAUUAAAAUGACAAAGAGUAUUCCUUUUCCCUUUAAUUAUUUUAUAGUCCAAAUUAAAAUCUAAUUAAGAUCCAAAGAUGUUAAUUAAGGCUGGACAUAAAACCCUAACCUGAAUUUCGAACCGAAUCUGAACCGAAAGACUGACUCGUACUUAGUCCAAAAUGUACAAAAAUAUAUGAAUGAGUUUUGUAGGGUGUUAUAAAAUAUAUCUGAACCGAAAGUGUUAUUAACUGAACCCAAACGGGUGAAAAAACUGAAAAAUAUCUAAAAAAAUCGAUCUCAAUGUCCAAAUUUAUAUAAAAAAGUAUAAAUAUUUAAAAAAUAAAUAUAUACUUAAAGUAUUAAAUUUCAUAUUUAUUUUGAUAUGAUAUCUACCAAUAAAUAUUUAAAAUUUAAAUAAGUAUCUUAAAUACUUCAUUCUACGUAAAUAACUAUAUAUUUUUUAUGUUUUUCUUUUAAACUUAAAUUUUAUUUUGGAUAUAUCUGAACUGAUAUGAUAUAAUCUGAAUCCAAACGAUAUAUGGUUAAUUUAUAUGGAAAUAUUAUUUACUUUUUGUAAACAUUAUACAUGAUUUUACUGUUCAUAUUAAAAGAAUCAAAACAACAUAUCCAUUAUACAAAUUGCAACAAUUUUUUUUUUAAACUAUGAAUAUACAAACUAAAUAUAUCUAAUUUUCUAUUAGCAUAUUUAUAGAAGAUAAUAUAAAUAAGAGUAUCUAUUUUAUAUAUCACUGCUAUAAAUAAACUCAACUAAAAAUAAAUUGUUAUAUAAAAGAGAAAUAAUAAUAUUAAAUCAUACAUUUAAAGAGAUUUUGGAUUAAUUUAAAAGUUAGUGAAAUGAUUUAAAUGAGCUUUUAAUAAGUAAAAUAAAAAAUAAAAAGAAAAAACAUGCUGGUAAUCACAUCCCACCUGCAUCCGACCCUUGCCCAUUUUCUUCUUGUCCAUGCAGUUCAAAAUUAACACAUUAAUAUAUCUGCGUGCAGUUUUUUAAUUAUUUUAUUUUGGUCUGCAUUUUAAAUGUUGAAUGGGUAACAAAUGCAGUACAAACUGCAAAUUGAGUAAUCUGCAUGUAUCUUGUAUUUUGUUCUACAUUUCAUUCAUAGCUUAAAAUUAAAGUUAAAAACAGCAGAAGGGCAGAACCAAUCACUCCAUAAUCAUGUUCAAAAAUUUUAACAGAAUGAAUCCGAUCCAAAACGUGUAGUCUGGGUGGGUUUGGAUGUCGAACCUAUUUUCUGCCCACCACUAUUUUUGUAUAGGACUGGACAAAAAAAAAACGAAUUCGAAAAACCGAAUCUGAUACCGAAAAAUUAGUACCGAAUCCGAAACAAAAUUAAAUAUCCGAACGGGUUCAAAAUUGGCCUUCGCCGAAUCGUUUUGAAGAAAAUUAUUUGUUGGAUUUGCUUUGACUCAAAAAGUCAAAUAUAAUAAGCCUUUUUAAUAUCGACUAGCGCCCGCCAUAUCACCGAUUCAUUUCCAAGUAGCCACUUCCAUUUUCAAGAUCUGAAUAACCAAAGUGUCAGAAUCUGUGUAGAAAUUUUUUUUCCUAAAUGGUAAAUCACUUCUUCUUCCUUUAGUUAUCAAUAUUUCAUCAUCUUCAUUCAGCUUAUUCCAUUUUUUCACAUCGUUGACUUUUUAUUUAUUUUCAGGCGUAUACCAGCGAAGAAAUGAAGGAGAAGCUUAAGCUAUACUCUUACUGGAGAAGCUCUUGUGGCCAUCGUGUGCGUAUAGCGCUCAGUUUAAAAGUGAUUGAAUAUGAAUAUAUACCAGUGAACUUGCUCAAGGGGGAGCAGUUUGAUCCAGAUUUCAUGAAGAUCAAUCCAAUGGGUACUGUGCCUGCGCUUGUUGAUGGAGAGGUUGUGAUUACUGAUUCUUUUGCCAUUAUUAUGUAUCUAGAUGAGAAGUAUCCUGAACCACCGUUGUUACCUCGUGACCUCCAUAAACGAGCUCUAAAUUACCAGGUUGCGAGUAUUAUCUCCUCUGGUAUACAGCCACAUCAGAAUCUAGCUGUUAUUAGGUACAUCGAGGAAAAGACAAAUGGUGAAGAGAAAAUUGCUUGGGUUAAUAACGCUAUCAGAAAAGGAUAUACAGCUUUGGAGAAGCUCUUGGUGAAUUACGCUGGAAUAUAUGCAACUGGUGAUGAGAUUUACUUGGCUGAUCUGUUUCUAGUAGCCCAAGUCCAUGGUGCUAUGAUCAAAUUCAAGAUUGAUGUGGAACCGUACCCGACUCUUGCGAAGUGUUAUGAGUCAUACAAGGAACUGUCUGUGUUUGAAGAUGCAGUCCCAGCCAAGCAGCCAGAUGCUCCAGCUCCAAUGAUUUGAUUAUGCGAAACAGGAAAAACCUUGUAACAUUCAUGUUUAAUUAUUUUCAGUUUCCUUUCAAAUGAUCACAAUAUAAUUAUUACAAAGUUAGUUUCACAAAUCUGCCUAACAGAGCCCUAGUGACUGUAUUGCACGCACUAUUAGCUAUGUAUUUUAAGUGGAAAAACAGUUUAUUCUUCCUUCAGCUACUCUUAUACCAAUCAGGUGAAACAUUUUUCUAACUUUUACUUUGGUCACUGUUUAGAAAAGAGUAAAACAACUUGUGCUUUUUCCCUCUUGAUUUGUGAAAAAAUGUUGUGCUGAAUUUUUUUUUUUUGUUUUAUUAUUGACUAUUACAUUUUCCUCCAACUUUAAUCCCCUUCUUAUGAGAAAUUUUAUAAAUAAAGUUUGGCUUCAUGUGUGAUUCACAAGUUUGCCAUUACUUAUGUGUUACAUUCUACAUCACAUCCUUUUUUUAGUAGCAUUCUUUAGCUUAGAUUAAUUACAUGUCAUGCUAUUGGCACAAACAUAUAGUAUAUGUUUCAUUUUAUGCAUCUUUAUUCUAAGCAUCUUGCCUAAUAUCCUAACCGCAUAUCUUAACCGAACGGGUGGUUAGCAAAAGAAACAUAAGUCAUUCACUUAAGAAAUGUAUCCCAUGAUAAAUUAAACCAAACGCAUGAUUCCUUUAUUGUAUAUUCUCGAUUUGUCGACCAUGUUCUUGAUUAUGUUAUCUAUAGAAUAAAAAUUAUAAUCUCUUUUAUUGCAUAUUUUCUAUUUGUCGACCAUAAAAACUAUUAGUUAUGUAUAAAUUUGAAUAUGAAUGUACUAACAAUGGAGAUAACAUAAUCAAUAAUAUACAUAAUCUAUAUUCGGGUUGUCUAUUCAAAAAUGUAUUUUGUAUUUUUAUAAUGUAUACAUUUGACCAUAAAGAUAACAUAAUCAAAAAUAUAAGUAUGUAUAUUCGAUCAUGUCAAAAAUAUAAGUAUUUGACCAUAUAGAUAACAUAAUCAAAAAUAUUAUCUGAAUUUACUAGGAAUAGAGAUAACAUAAUAAAAAAUAUGUCAAUUUGUGUUAUUUCUGAUUAUGAAAGUCGCAUGUUUUCUUUCCAAUUUUAUAUGAUAACAUUCGCCAUGAUUGAUCGUUUUACUAUAUGAGCAUAGCCUAAGAUCUUAAAUCUUAAUGGUCAAAGAGGAGAUGCUAUAUUUGAUCCCAAUUUUCGAAUAAUUAUGGAUGUUGACCAAUUAGGAAUUUAUUUUGACUUCAUUUUAGGCAUAAAAAUAUUCAUUAGAUUAGUCAAUUAGGGAUUUAUUUUGACAUCAUUUUAGGCAUAAAAAUAUUCAUUUGAUUAUUCAAUUUAAUAGAUGAUUAAAUUGAAAGAUUAAUGAUAAUGACAUUAUUUCAUAAACAAGCUAAAUAUCAAAAUAUAUAUGUACGUACGCAGUAGACGGAAUAUGUGGGAUUGAUAUUUGAUCAUACAAAUCUAGGAAUACAGUACGCUAAAUAAUUUGUGAGUAUAAUACGAUUAUAGCUACUUCUACUUUAUCAAACGCAGUCAGUGAAUAUACAAAAUUUCUGUUGCUAAAGUUUAUACAUAUUAAGAGCCUUAUGCAGUAUUCAUUUUGUGUUAACAUGAAUAUAUAAUGUAUAAUUUUAUAAUAUAUAGUUUCAAAUGAUCAUUUCAUCUUGUGCAAGGCGCGAGUUAUUAUUCAGUUAUUCUAGUAUUUGCCAAUCACACUUCAUAUUCAUUCAUUGCAAAGAAAACAUGGAACGGUUCUGAUUGCCUUCAAGCUUUUAAAUCUAGUGGUUCCAAAUGAAUUUUGACCAAAAAAAUGGUUCCAAAUGAAUGAUACAGCUGCUUACUAAACCUUUGUCUAAUAGAAACUUUAAAGGAAACAAAAAGGUUUUUCUCUAUGUAUCUUUUUUAAGAAAAUUAUUUAAUUGAAUUUUUAAACUCUUAACUAAAACUAAUGAUUCCAAAUGAAUGAUACAGCUGCUGAAUUGGGCAAAGUAUUUGCUGCUGGACUUUUUUAGUAAAAGGCUUCAAAGCUUUCUAAAGGUUUCAACCCGAUUGUGUUAAAAAUUGGUUUGCGUUUCGAAUUCUCUCUGUACUACACAAUAGCUUUAUGAAUCUGUGAAGAAGAAGAAGAAUUCAAUUUUUGUUGAUCUUCCCGUGCCUUCACUCAGUUUAGCUUUGAGUGAUUAUAAUUCUUUAAAUAUGCGAAUCCAGGCACAGAGAAGAAAGAGAAGAUGAAGCUCUACUCUUACUGGAGAAGCUCGUGUGCUCAUAGUGUCCGUAUU